AUAAGAAAGUGUAAUAGGAAAGAGUUUCUUUACCUGGAAAAACAAGGACAGAGGAAAUCAAAAUGGUGCAAGAGGAAAUCAGAAAGGGCCCAUGGACAGAACAGGAAGACAUUCUCCUGAUGAACUUUGUGGGCUUAUUUGGAGACCGACGAUGGGAUUUUAUAGCGAAAGUUUCAGGUUUGAAGGUGGUGGGCGACACAUAAUAGGUCUCAACAGAACUGGAAAAAGUUGCAGGUUACGGUGGGUUAACUACCUCCACCCUGGUCUCAAACGUGGCAAAAUGACUCCCCAAGAGGAGCGCCUUGUGCUUGAACUUCAUGCCAAAUGGGGAAAUAGAUGGUCAAGAAUUGCCCGUAAGUUACCAGGGCGAACUGAUAAUGAAAUCAAGAACUACUGGAGGACCCAUAUGCGGAAGAGGGCUCAAGAGAGGAAGCGGGCUGUGUGUUCGCCGCCUUCAUCAUCAUCUUCAAUUUCUUCCCCUUCUUCAACUGUUACCACGGUAAAUUCUAUUUCUAUGCAGCCUAAUACUGGAAAAGCAAGUUUUUAUGACACUGGAGGGCAUGAUGGUGAUCAAGUGAUGGGUAUGGCCGCAGUUCAUGAAGAAAAAGAAACUGUUGGAUACUCCUUGGAUGACAUAUGGAAAGAUAUUGAGCUUUCAGAAGAAAACAACUCUUUGAUGAUCAAACCAGUUUUUGAAGAGAGUACUUGUAACUUUUCUUGUGCUUCAACUUUGGCCUCUCCAUCGUGGGAUUAUUAUCCUUGGGAAGACUUGCUAUGGAGGAUGGAUAAUUUUGAAGAAGAGAGUAAAAUGAUUAAUAAUCUCCGUAAUGAUCUAUUCAUUGCAUCCUCUAACGAAUAUGGAAAGGCAUGUUUAACUGGCUAAACAAAAUUCAAUUUAUUUGUAUUUGUUCAUAUAUGUAAUAACCAUCUCCAUCCCCAUCCCCAUCCCCAUGACCCUCUUAGUGUAUCUGCUUUUGUUUUGUGUGUCUUUUGCAUUUCAGAGAAGAAGAAAGCACCUUAUAGAAUCUCCUUUGAUGUUUGGAGAUUUGGUAUCUUCAUGAAUGUAAUGUAAAAUAUCCUUUAUUUAC